GUGUAUAACUGCAUACAUGGUCUGUACUGUGUACGCAUGGACUGACAUGCUGACAUGUGUUGGUUGGUAGAGUUCAGUUGCCCGUGAAACCUGUGAAGUGUAGGGCGUGUUAGGAGUGCUUAUUCCUGGUUAAUCUUGUAAAUACGUUGGAAUUAGUUUAAUAGGUAUUUUUUAACGACCGAAGAUAUGACGGAAGAGGUUAAAUUGGACCAUCGAGCAAAAAAGCGGAUCAAGGAGGUCAAAAGAAAAGCAAGACCUGAGCUUGUUGAUAAGACUGCCUGGAUCCAACAUGCAUAUUAUAAGAAUUUUCAACCGUUUUGGAAGUUUCAAGACAAUGUAGACCGAAUCAUUGAAUCGGAAAUGUCGCCCGAAGAAUUUGUAGAGAAAUAUGAAAAACCUUACAAACCUGUGAUAAUACAAGGAGUGCAAAAAGACUGGAAAGCUCAACAUAAAUGGACUAUAGAGCGGCUUGCAAAAAAAUAUCGAAAUCAAAAAUUUAAAUGUGGAGAGGAUAACGAAGGUUACAGUGUAAAGAUGAAGAUGAAAUAUUAUGUUCGCUACAUGUUAAAAUCGGAAGACGACUCGCCUUUAUACAUCUUUGACAGUUCCUUUGGAGAACAUCCUCGGAGAAAAAAAUUGCUGGAAGAUUAUGAAAUUCCGAUGUACUUUCGAGACGAUCUUUUCCAAUAUGCAGGGGAACAUCGGCGGCCGCCUUAUCGUUGGUUCGUGAUGGGGCCUGCUAGAUCUGGUACGGGGAUUCACAUAGACCCUCUCGGUACGAGUGCAUGGAAUGCAUUGGUCUCAGGGCACAAACGAUGGUGCCUCUUUCCUACUCACACCCCACGUGAGCUUUUAAAAGUCACUGCCUCUGAAGGAGGCAAGCAACGAGACGAGGCCAUCACCUGGUUCUCCGUUAUUUAUCCUAGAACAAAGUUACCAUCCUGGCCUCAGGAUUGUUUGCCUGUGGAAAUUUUACAAAACCCAGGAGAGACUGUUUUUGUUCCUGGUGGCUGGUGGCACGUCGUUUUAAACCUCGACGAAACCAUCGCGGUCACGCAAAACUUUUGCUCACGCACUAACUUUCCAAUCGUCUGGCACAAAACGGUUCGUGGACGACCGAAGCUAUCUCGUAAGUGGUUGAAGGCUCUUGGAGAGAAGAUUCCUGACAUAGCAGCACUAGCUGAAAAAAUUGAUAUUAAGGAAGACACGGGCGUAGCUAGUGAUUCCUCAAGUGAAUCUUCGAGCAGUUCGUCUAGCAGUUGUAGCAGCAGCCAGUCGGAAGAGAGUGAAGAAGACAGUGGGCAGGAAUCGCUCGUUGGACACAAGAAAAAAAAGAGAAGAAAAAUGGACAACAGUCAACCCUGACAAUGUCGCGUAAUCGGGACCUACAGAGACCUCAGACUGUACAGUAUUAACCAACAGUUAUUGUUUGUACUAAAAAUAAAUAUUAUAAUUAGUACCAUCUUUAUGUUCAUAAUAAAAUAAAUGCUAGAUAAUGCCAAA